AUGACACCAUUUUUGUUCGUGGUGCCAAAACAUUCAAAGAGACGACAGAGAUCAAUGGCAUCCGAAUCUAAUGUGGGAGUAACUGUAAGUGAAAAUCAGCAGCCACAACCAAAGAUACAACUAUACCCCGCCUCAACUGGUGAAAUAUCCUCCUUCUGGAGAGAGAAAUAUGAAAGAGAUGCCAAGAAAUAUUGGGAUUUAUUCUACAAACGCCAUCAGGAUAAGUUCUUUAAAGACCGACAUUACUUGGAUAAAGAAUGGGGGAACUACUUCUCUGGAGCAGGAAGAAAAGUCAUUCUAGAGGUUGGAUGCGGAGCUGGAAAUACUAUCUUUCCUCUGCUUGCAGCAUACCCAGAUAUGUUAAUACAUGCCUGUGAUUUUUCACCGCGUGCAGUGAACUUGGUUAAGAUGCACAAGGAUUUCAUGGAGGACAGGGUCAAUGCGUUUGUCUGUGAUCUGACUGUUGAUGACCUAAGCCGACAGAUUUCUCCUUCCUCGGUUGACAUUGUGACCAUGGUAUUUGUUUUAUCUGCAGUAUCCCCCGAGAAAAUGCCUAUAGUGGUACAGAACAUCAGAAAAAUUCUGAAGCCAGAUGGUUAUGUAUUGUUCCGUGAUUAUGCAACUGGCGAUCUUGCUCAGGAAAGGUUCUCAGGCAAGGAACAGAAGAUCUGUGAAAACUUCUAUGUUAGAGGUGAUGGCACUCGAGCUUUCUACUUCUCCGAUGAGUUCUUAAGGAAUUUGUUCAAAGAAAACGGAUUCAGUAUGGAAGAACAUGUCUUGUGUUGCAAGCAAGUGGAAAACCGAUCAAGGGAAAUAGUGAUGAAUCGGCGUUGGGUUUAA